CGCCCGUUCUUGUCAUCCUACACACCCAUGAGCGCUUGCUCCACGUGAAUAAGCCAACGGAAAUAACGACAAAUAAAGAGCACCUGAGUACACGCACCCAGGCAUGGCGUUUGGUGCUACCGAAGGUCCUGUAUUGCUGGGCCACAUCAUCCCUAGCCCGCGUGAAAUAGACAGCGUUAUUAAUGCUGGUGGCAUCACGCCAUUCCCUAAGGCGAUGAGGAUCUGGGCCACCACAGCUGUCGACUUCCGCUUCUCCAAACUGACGGACAACGGCGUUGAAACUGGUGCCAAGGUCGACGUUCCUAUUGUAGCGCCUACUGGAACCACUGUGGCCACCGAGGCUAGCCUGGUGUUUAAGCGCGUUAUGGGCGAUGCGUGGGAAGUCGAUCGAUUGGAGACGCAGAUUGUUCAGCCAAGUCUACAGUACCUCAAUGACUGUCGCAGGAGCUCCUCAGAACUGGAUUCCUGGGUGAAUGUGCGCAGGCUGGACCGCUGGAAAGUCUAUAUGGUUAGCGGCCUCAUUAUUGCGCGAGGAGCGAGGCGAAAUCGUAUUGAUGAGAAGACUAAUAGUUUCAACAUAGGAUCCAGUGUUGGCGUCUCUGGUAUGCAGGUCAGUGCAAACGUCAAGCGUACCAACGAGGCUCAUGCCAGCAUAUCUGGAGCAUAUUCCAACGACUUUGUCUGGGCUGUACGCUUGACUGAGGUGUCCAAGUCGCUGUUCGCUUCUGACAUUCAGCUUAAGACAUUCACCAAAGGUGCUACUUUACAGUCAAGCUUAGGCUCGGAUUCGGAAACAGUAAAUAUGCAGACUGUGUUGGACGACAUGGGAGAAAAUGACUACAAUGUGCAAUCGCUAAAAGUGUUUAAUAACGAUGUUGAAGAGGCUUUUAUAGUUUUAGAUGAGAAAUAGACCCAAUAUACCCAGCAAAGAGAAAGAAAAGGGAAUAUAUCGG